UUUCUCGAAACACGGGAGCUGCUUGACGAAGGCCACACAAUGACAGAUCGUUGUCACUGUCUUCUCACACGAGUAGCUGGUCGAGACGGUCCCCGGCUGACACGCUCUAUCAACUGUCAGAACGAUGCAUAGCCGAAUACCUCUCAACAGCUGUGAUGCACUUUUCAGGCAGGACGGCCUCCUCAUAAAUGUCCGGACUACACCCUUGUGCUGUCUGGGUUCGCAUCCGAGUAGCCGUGGAAUGAAGCAAUUUCUCCACAUAUAAUGAUGUGUGGCCCUCAUCUCGUCAGUAAAGACUCGACUCGACUCUGAAACAGCGUCGACCCGGCAUCUGUUCUCCCGAGUGGACUGCACUUGGAGUACUCCUCCCUCAUAUCCUCGCUCUCUCUGCCUACCGAUGCAUCCAGAGGACGACUCUCCCGACAACAUCAGCACUAUCUCUAAGAUUCUUGUGGCGGACGUAGGGUUUGGACCCUAUGCAAAAGAGAUUGCCUAUGCCUCCUUCAGCCUAGCCACCGCUGGUCAGAUUGCCCUCCUUGUUCUCAUCCUGAUGUACUUUCGUUCUAGUGAGACCAGGGAACAAAAUGCGUCGUGGUUGAACAUGCUCGCGGUGACGGUAUUUAGCACUAUCCCACCGUAUCUCCUGAUUUAUGGAAGUGCUAUCUGGGUUCCUGAACCGCCAACUGCUCUAUGCGUAAUUCAAGCAUCUCUGAUAAUCGGGACGGCUAUGAUGCCCGCGAUGGCGUCGAUUCCAUUGGUCUGGGACAUCACAGUCGAAAUCCGGUUUAUGUCGCCAAAGAAUUCGACGGCCAAAGACUACCAAACUAUCCUGAUGGCAACCCCGUAUAUCGUCUUCAUCGUCUUUUCUGUCACAGCGGCGGUUCUCUCCCUCAUUUAUCCUUCUCAAGUCAGUCGUCAUCCCGGCGACUUGGCCUGCGCUCUCGAAAACGUCCCGCUGAACAUCGCAUCGCAAAUCCUCAGCGUAUCCGUACUUCUGAUGGCCCUGUGCCUUGAGGUACAUACCCUCGUCACUGUCUUAAAACUUCGACGACGAGACAUGUCGGGAGAUCGUCGACCCGCCUCCUUCAACUCCUCCAAGACAGUGCGCAUCAUCGUGCUGACUUGCCUGCAGGCUCUUCCUCUCAUAGCGAUGGGUUUGCGCACUCACCUGGACUUCCCGAGACUGCGUGUUGUGGCCGUGUUUGCUGAAGCAUUUUUACCACUGGGGACUUCCAUUACAAGUGCCCCUCAGGGCUGGCGGAAGCACCAAGUCUUCACCUGGCUCAAAAAGCGAGAUGACAAUGCUUCGCGUGCUCAAUCAACACAGCAAUCAUCCUCACUGCAUGUGCAAAUUGUAGUGACAAUUGAGCACUUCGCGGACUCUGAGCGGAAAAUGCCCUCUCUUCUUGCUCAAGGGCUAACGGAACACCCUCAAGACGUCCUGUCUGAGACGACCGAAAAGCCUUCCAGGAUAUAGAUCGUAGAUUGUCUCACGGACUUGCCGUUUCGCAUAUAUUGUAUCCUUACCGGACAAUGCUUGGUUGUACUGUAACGCAUUGUAAUAUUUCGAUGUCAGGUCAUCGCUGUACCAUGAUCGUCUCAAUGUCAUGCCAUAUAGACUCCAAUUCAAGAGCUGAAUGAAUGUGGGUGAGGUACGUAAUGAAACAACAGGCAUGCGAAGUAGCGUUGUAGCGGUGACCAGUCUCGGGAACCAAUGUUCUGACGAAUGUCCGUAUCGUAAGUGUCUGAGAGGCGCGCAAGCCGAACCCUCGACGCCAAACGACGUGGCGCAAAAGCUCAUGCUAAUGACAGGUAUUACUCUGAUACGUAAAGGUACUCUUCGCCGCGCGCCCCAAUGAGUGGGGGUAUGCAAGUCCGAAACCCAGCAAAAAAACUCGGAACCAAAUAGGAAGCCCAGAAGUUCGCGCAAGACAUGUCCACUCCAGUCCACCCAGCCGGCCGUUGACGGUGGGUCGACAGGUGUCAGGCUUAGAGUGCAGCAGCGGCACCAGCAACCACACCAAGAGCGGCGAUCGCCCAGGGUGCGAGGUUGGGUAGAGAAGCCGCCCCGUUGAAGUUGGACGAGGCCGCUCCAGAGGAGGACGCCGCAGCCGCACCGGUAGAAGCGACACUAGAUGCGCUGCCGGUAUUGGAGUUGGAAACGGUCACACCAAACCCGCUGGUCGACGCGGCGGCGGCGGUUCCCGAGCUAACCGGAACGGUGAGUGUAGCAGAUUUGGCCGAUGUCGCAGAGGAAGCGCUCGCAGAGGCCGAGGUGGAAGCAGCGGACGAGUGGCUGGAGGUGUCAGGAGGGCCCUGGAUGGUGAAGCUGGGGGUCUCGUCGAAGAUUUGAUUCUGGUUCCUGGAAUAGCGCAAGGCUUCAAUACAAGAGGGGGCCGUCAGUCCGUAGUGGUACUCACGUCACGUUGAUGGCACGGAGGGUAUAUGUGCUGAUUGUGGAUCGUCCAUGUCAGCAACUUGACGCGGCAGACCAGUAGUAUAGCAUACCCUUGGGGAAUGACGGGGAGCGUCAACGAAAUGAAGUCCGCAGAGGGGUUGACGUUGUUCGCGAUUCCAAACGUGUCAUGGAACUCGUCCGUGUUUACCAGCUCAAGCGUGAACGGCGGGUCGGUGGGGGUAUUCGUCCAGGAGACGUUUGCUGGUGAACUACUCUGCCAGUCGACGGGGAUCUGGAGGAGGAGAGCCUGUGCCCAGGGAGCGAGGGCGAGGGCGGCAAGGCAACUGAAAACCGGGGCGCCGACGGAAAGGUCAAUUUCAUGCGAUUCACCAGCUCCACAACAGUAGUGCGCCUCCCACCUGAACUUGGCAGCGAACAUCGUGAAGCCUCUGGU